AAUUGUUUACAUUGGAAUCGAUAUUCAGGUCGUUGCCAACCACCGUGCUUUGAUACUGGAACAGUGAAUUUAAUCGCAUCAGAUAAAACUGAAAGCCGAUUUAUAAUUAAGUGUCGGAACCAAAGUUUAGAGGGAAAUUCAAGAUGUAUACAACGAGAAUGCGAACCCACCCGGCACUACAAUCAGGGUCGUUUAUGUUGGAUAGAGAAAUUAGGGAAAUUAUUGAAAGUGGACAAUAUUAUUACACGGCUGAAAUUGCCACAGAACUCAAUAAUAUCAGCAAUGCCUUAGAACAUAUCCUGUUGGAUAGUAACUUCCUAACAACUUCUCCAGACUGGGGUCGUAACCUCGAUCAUGAGGAGGCUAGCGGUGCAGGUGCCAUACUCACUAAGCUAGCUGGGUUUUUAAAUCAAUAUAAAUCUGUAAUGGCUAACAGGGCAAUAGAAACAGCUCAGGAGACCAACAUUCGGCAAAACCACCACUGGGCAAUGGAGCAUCUCAUAGCUCUACAACAGGAAUUAGGUCCAUACACAGUGAGUGCUGCUGACCGUGUGAAACAGUUUGGUGACCAGGUUGGAGUGACUGACAGGUACACAGGCUACAGAAAUAAUCUGACCCGUGGCUCCAGGCAGCCCUGCCACAUGUCUACAAGCUGGAUGGACCAAAGUGCACCACAAGGAUACCUGGAUACACAGCGCCCAAGCACAGCAGGUUACUUCACUCCAAGACAAAUAACCAGUAUGGUGCCUCCCCGUGUGAAAUCAGCAGCUCUACGGACACGUGUCCAGUUUGCACAAGAUAAUGGACCACCAAAGCUCACCACACGAGGAUACCGUACAAUUGACACACUCUACCCAUUUAGUAACAACGCCUAUCAAGACCAAUCAUCUUCCUACAGCCAGAAACUGCUGGAACUCAAGGCUCAGAACGCAUACAACGCCAAUUCCUCCGGUCUACAGCGUUCAAAGAUGACAUCUCCUCACAGCAUGCAGACACUCUCAGUACAGGAGCAAGCGGGCAUCAACACAACAUUCCCUGGCAGGACAGAGUACAUGACCAAAUAUGGGCGUCCUCCAAUGGAUAUACCUACCAGUCCCUUCAACAUCAACCCUACCCCAGACUUCACCCUGCACCAGCGACCCCUAGGUCAGACCACCUACGACCCUAGCAACACAGAAUACCAAGUGCGAUAUGACUGGCCAGACAGUGAAAAAAUUGUGAGGAUGCCGUGGUUGAGAAAAUGAAUAUGGUGCAUUUAAGAAACUUUCACCAGACUUUGUUUUAACUUUUAGAAUGGACCUCACAUGAAAUCAUGAAAUAAAGAUCAAAUUCAGGCAAAUUGUGCACUGAAUAGUAUGGCACACUCUAAAUAGGAUGCAGGGGUGUUAGCUGAAUUUCCCACAAUUACCAAAAAUUAUAUGGUAUUAAACUUUUUUAUUUCUAAUAUUUAUAUAGAUAUCUGUUGAUGUAUAGAGACAAUUUAACAAUUUUUCUCUCUUUAUAUUUUAUCAUUUGCAUAUCUGUGAUAGUUAGCCAGUCUCAUACCUGUUCCACAUGGUAAGGGUCAUUUACAUAUCCUCAUGUUCAAUAAAGAUGUUUUAAAAAUGUC